UGCCGAGCAAUUCUAAGUUGUGGAGCUGAGAGGUUACCUUCAUCACUGGGGAAACACUUUUAUCGCCGUAUACUCAAGCAUUAAAGUGGUUGGCUUUGACAAUGCCUGAUGUUUUUAUCCGCAAUGAUACUCCUCAUACCUUAAAUAUUGCCCUAUCCCAAAUCGCACCGCUGCAUUUCGAGAAUGCAGUUGCUCCAGGGGAGACCUUCAAAACGCAUACUGGCUCGGUCUGGUUUACUGUCGAAUGGCGGAUCGAUAACGUCGCCAAUUCAGUUCAAAGUUCCAAGAAAGCAAUCAAGAAUUCAAAUCGAUACUCUGCUUCGAAGAGUGCGAAGACGAUUGCAGUGGUUAGUGCUGCUGGCUUGAGUUUGGUCGCGCUUGCUGGGCCGCUUGCUUUGAGCGCAGCGGCUGCAGCCGGGAGCGCCACAGCGGCAGCUCUCCUCCAAAGCAGCGCCGUUCUUGCCGCAGCUGGAAGUGCAGAGGCGAUAGCAUUUAGUACUUAUGCUGCCACCACGUUAACAACCUCCGCACUACACGAAAUUCAUCGUUCCACGGGAACGCCGUCUAAAGAGACGUCCGAAGAGUUGCAGAAAAAAAUGGAUUCACUCUCAACAGUGAUUGCAGCCUCAUCGCUGACCGGUGCAGCGAAGUCUGCAGCUAAGGGUUCAGUCCGUAAGGCCCUUAUUUCGGCAGGAACAACACUAGUCGGCAAGAUAGGAGCACGAACACAAAAAGAUAAGACCAAAGAUUACGAUCAAAGAGCAGCCGAUGCUGGACUCGGACCGCCGGGGAAAACGUUCAGAUGAUACAGUGGAAGCCCACCCGGAGGAGCUGAAGACCAUGACAAUUGAGGAGCAAGAUGAAGAGACGAAAGAUGU